GAGGUCCAGUCGUUAGAGGAAGUCAUCAUCGAUACGACUCGGUAGCGACAGUUCACCCAAACGCUGGGGAGGUUUCUCUUGAGCAUCUUGAGUGAAAUCAUGAUACACGGCAUGAAUUGGUGUCCUGUUUAAUGAACCGGUCGCAGCAGCAGCAGCAGCAGCAGCAGCAGCGUUUUGCGGCGACGUGGUUCACCUCCUAUUGCUAGCAAGUGUCCUGGAGCCGCAACACUGAGCAAGUCACGCCGCUGCUCACAUAAUUAGCAAGAAGCCUAGCUAGCUAACGUUAGCCAGAAACAAAUAAACCAGUGCCGGGCUGAAGCCGCUCCAGGGCCCGAGUCUGUCAGCUGUCUGCAGCAGCGGUAACACUGUCGGUAACUUGAGGCUAACGCAAGAAAAAAGCAAAACAAUAAAUAAAGCCUUUCAGCGUUUGGUAACUUCUCCUCCGAGCCGGGAGAGCAGCACCGUUUCUGCGGCUGGCCACAUAGCAGAUGGAGGACAACCACAACCAUCCCAUCAGCUGAUUUUAAAUAUUCAGCUAUCAUGCCUUCUGUCGGCCCCAUGCUUUUCUAGGUGUGGUUGCCAUGGCUUCUUGCAAGGUAGAUGAGCUGGCAAGUGACACGAAGCAUUCAGCUUCGGUGUCUGAGCAGCUGUCCAUAUGUGGCCCUGAUGACACUGCUGAGGAGCAGGCGGACACGGUGAAUGCUACAGUCAAGCCCCAGACACCAGGCAAAUUUCGUAGGACUGCCCUCAGGUUUUUUGGAGUUCGUAAAAGUAUUUGUAUUUUGCCAACUUUUUUUGGAGGAAGGAGUAAAAAUCAGAAUAAGUGGUCUUCCAAAAAGGGAAUCAGCAAAAGCAAAACACAUGAUGGAAUUAGUAAUGCAGGUCAUGAUGAAAGUCUAGGAAGAGAAUUUGCUUCAGCUGGAAGUUUUGAGUAUCACAGCCAGAAGGACGCUGCACGAAAGCUCCACAGUAGCUCUCAGAGUGAAUGUAGUCACCCCAUUGCUGAUCAGAAAUCUGUGUCUCUUACACGGCAAAAAAAGGGGUUGAGAAGUCUCUUUCACAGUAUCAAGCAUCAUAGAAACCACAGAAAUGUUGGCUUGGAAAAAAAUGAAAUGAUUGCAAUGUCUUCUCCUCUCUGUACAAAAGAGGUGCCUGUUGUCCAAGACAACGCUAACCAAUAUGUCACAGAGUGCCUGGGCAGUUUGUCUGAACCUGACGUGCCUGAUUUCGCAAAUGUUGCAAGUGAUAUCUCUAUUGCUCCUGAAUGUAGUGACAUUGAUGUAAAGGUGUUGGAGAAGAGUGCAGUGAGCCAAGGAAGCCCACAGGCUUUGCGUGAUGAUCAGAUGUUUAAUAAUCAAAUGGCAGGAAUGAAAAUGAUGUCAGCGGCUUCUAGUGAAUAUGAAGAGCGCUCUGGUGCACACAGCGAGUCUUGUCUGAAACUUCAGAUGACGCCUGAACCUGUAAUGAAGAGUGAAAUGCCUACAGGCUCAUCGGAUCAGCUCAACCUGAUUUUUGGAGAUGUCUCGUCAUUGAAGAGCUUUGACUCGCUCACUGGCUGUGGAGACAUAAUUGCAGAUCAAGAUGACGACAGUAUUGCAGAGAGCACCGUCUCUGGAGAAAGGAGUAGAAAUGGAGGAAAAAGGACAUCUUGUUAUCUUACUUAUCAGGGUGGGGGUGAAGAAAUGGCCUCACCUGAUGAUUUAGAUGAGGAUAGCCUUCAUGACUUCUGGGGAAAUAAGACAUCAGAGGAAAUUUGCUGCACUUGCAACACAGAACACACAAUGGACCUGUCAAGCUCUCACCAUAUGGACUUAUUGAACAGUAACAGCACACAGCAGGCUGGCACCACAGACACUUCAGCCUCAAUUGCUGAUGUGUUGACUCCUCAAAGUGAGCAUCAAGAAUCUGUUCCAAAUAGUGAUGAAGGCUACUAUGAUUCAGUCACCCCAGGGCCAGAUGAAGGACAAGAAAAGAUUGACAGACUAAGUGCAGAUAGAUUACCAAGAGAUAGUUACAGUGGUGACGCCCUCUAUGAACUUUUUGCACCUGAUGAGAGUCUAAUCAGUCCACAUUAUGACAACCAAUCAAAGCUGCCCAACUCUGGGCCAUGUGAGUAUCUGAGUGAGCCAGUAGACGUGGCAGAUCCUGCUUUUGUUCCUGAAAUAAAUCGUUUACAAAUUGGUGCCGAACUAUAUAAAGUUCAUCAAGAGUUUCUCUCUCCAGAAAUCCCAGGCAUAUGCAGUAAAUCCAAAGAGCUGGCACCAUUUACAAUUGGCCUGCAUGACAAAGGCUUGAAUGAAAGCAGCAAUUUGAAUUCAAAACCCCAAUUACCAGUCAACAAGAAUAAUAUCCAAGCGGAGGUAUUUGAUGAAAAGGGAAACAUACUUGCCUCCAUGGAGAAAAGAACAAAAUCCUUAAAUGCUGACUGUGAGAAAAGACAUGGCAACAUACCAUUUGUGAGUAAAUCUGACCCAGAUUUUGAUAGCUUUUCUUCAGACACAUUUUGUGAGCCAAAAGAACAACACCUCGAGGACAACAAACCUGUGGCUCUGCCAUACAGAAAUCUCAAUUCGUGUACAGUUUCUCCUGAUGUGGAUGAUGGGCAGACCGUUUGCUUCUCACAAGCACUUGUAGACUACACAAAGCACUCUCAGCUGCUGAGUAAUACACACAGAAAUGUGGAUGGAUUAGAGACUAAUUCUUCCUUUGCCCAGAACAUGCAGGCCUUACCUACCAUUGUCACAUUUGAUGUAGUGGAUAUGCAUAAUGAAGGCGAAUAUGAUGAGCAAAUUCACAUGGAAAUGGAGGAAGACAUUACUUCACCAUAUCAGGAGUUUGAGGAAAGCUACCUACAAAAAGAUGCAUUUGCAGAAUGUGACUAUCAAAUGUUAGACAUGUAUGAGCAGAAUCUCUUCAGCAACACAUGGGCAAUCGCUAGUCUCCCACGGCACCUGAGCCUUACAAGAGUCAGUCAGUCCAUGCCUAGUCCAUUGUCUCUAGACAGGAGAAGUAGGUCCCUGGACACUGAGAGCCUGGAGCUGAAGAUGCCAGACAAAUACAGAGGGAACAGGGCAGCUAUUGUUUCUUGUCCUCGAACUGAAAAGGACUCUAAACGAGAGUCCUCCCUAUAUUACAAAAAGAAUGUACUUGUAUCCACAUCAGAGGUCAGAGAUAGUAGCAGCAUCAUGUCUUUAUCAUGGCAGACAAAGUCGGAAAUGGCUUUAAGCCUUCCUCUGACAGACAAGGAAAUAACUGACAAGGUGCAGAGUCUCCAUCAAACCCAAGUCAAACACAAAAUAUUUUCCUCUGCAUCCAGCAGUGAUUUUGCUAACACUAAAUUACAACUGCUUUCCUCAGAUGUAUCAGAAAGGGUGUCGUGUGAUUUCAUUUCCCAGAAUACUGAGAUUUGUAACAGACAAUGCCAUCUCCCUUUGCGGUCAAAUUCUGGUUUACCUCAUAGUACUUUUGUUUUUUCUGGAUUUAUGGGGGAAGAUUUAUUAGUGAGAACGGUUCCAGCAUCAGAUGGAGAUGAGGAUAUUUUUUACAAAACUGCCAUUGGCUCUGAAUCAUAUAAUCAGUGUAGUAAGAGCAGAUCCCCAGCUAUCACCCAAGGAAUGUCCCAUGCUGGAAGUCCUCUGAACACCGGUGCUACUGACGAUGACAUGGACUUUAUCAGCGAAGCAAGAAAAGCCAGGGAUUUGCCGCGACCUGUUGCUUGCAACAAACUCCCUGAGGCAACCCUUAAUUGAAAGGAUCUCAUUACAGUUGCCAUUCAGAUCAUAUUUGUAUGUGCCAAUAAUGUCUUCUAUGUUAAAUCAGAUGGAAUGAUUGUUACUUAAGUUUUACUUGCACAGUUGAUUUCCUCUAUUGAAAAGUUGUUGCACACUGAAAGGCAUGACAUUGAAUCUACAGAUCCUUGUGGAAUAAGGUUUCUGUGACAACUAGAGCUGCUGCAACUAACAAAUUUCAUUAUCAAUUAAGCUAUCAGUUAUUUUCUCGAUUAAUCGAUUAGGUGUUUGUUCUAUGAAAAUUUUCAAAAAUGUUGAUCACAAUUUCCCACAGCCCAAGGUGACAUCUUCAAAUGUCUUUUUUUGUCCCAACCAACAGUCUACAACCCAAAGACAUUUUGUUUAUUGUCAUAGAGGACUAAAGAAACCACAAAAUAUUCACAUUUCAGAAGCUGGGAUCAGAGAAUUUUGAAAUUUUCCUUUUAAAAAUGACUCAAACCAAUAGAUAAAUGAUUGAAUAGAUGAUUAAUUUAAUAUGCAACUAAUCGAUUAUUCGACUAAUUGUUGCAGCUCUACUGACGUUACACUACAAUAAAGGACAAUAGCUCUCAAACACUGUUUUAUUGAAAAGUCAAAAGGGAUGUCAUGCUUUUCCCCUGUUUGCUUCAGACAGAAUGCAUGUGUGUUUUGUCAGCCUGUUGAAAGUAUUCAAGCAAGUAUGUUUUUAUUGUCAUUGAAAGUGCUCCCGAUUUCAUCUCAUUAAGCUAUUGAAUUGCACUUGAAUGUUUUGAAAUGACAUAUGUAGCCUCAGUUCGCAUUUUUUGAUGGUUGUGCCAUGCUUUGUUUAUUAGGUAAUCAUUAGCCCAGUUGUCACAGCACAGCCAAUCAAAGCUAGCCAGGGGCUAGCUUACUUUGCCAGUUGCCUCUUUACCACAUUUGUGCUUAAGCUUUAAGUGCCAGGGUGUGUUAGCUUUUACUGCUUAUCCACAGCCACUGUUUGCUCCAGUAAUGUUUAUUUAGAUCUAUCAUGGAUGUUUGUUUGUUUUGUUUUGUGUAGUUCUGCUCAGUUUCUACUAGACUAUUUUCAUACCAGAUUGAGUUGAGGAGCAACAGACAGGAAUUCAUUGUGAUGCUGUCCAUGUUAAUUUGUAAUAUGGCACAAAAUGUGCAAAUACUAUUAAAAUAAUCAAAACACUGUACAUAUUAAAUCUAGUGUUGACUUUAUAAAUAUUCUCCUGCAAUAUAACACCUGCCCCCUGAUACCUUACUGCACAGGGUAUAUAGGUGAAUGACAUUGAACUGUGUUAUUGUUGUGUGAAAUUAACAAGACUAAUUAAGAAUGUGCUGAUGUGAUUUUUGCACACCAAGUGGCUUUUUUGUAAGCUUUAGUGCACAAGCAGCUAUCAGCAUUACCUCAAAAUAUCUCACUGCCAGUUCUUACAUUGAAGCUUCCAAUAAAGUCAUCGGUCAACUUUGCAUCCUUAAUCUCAAAAUUAUUGAAUUGGUCCUGGCAAGCCAACUUUACCUUACUGUAAAAAAAAUAAUUGUAGUUUUCUUGGGUUGCAUUUUUGAACAGCUUGACCACUUGUGAAGUGCAAAUUUUUUCACUAAAAUGAUGUGCUCCAGUUUUGUUUAACUGCAUCACUGCAGGCUUGUGGAUAAAAAAAAAAGUAAUUUGAUCUUGUUUGGAAAAAGAAUGCAAUGUUAUGUGAAGAUUUAAACCGCUAUUUUCAUCUGAUAUCAUUUACUUGUGAACUUAAUGUUUUAUUGGUCAGAGGUAACAUGUCUUUGGUUGUCAGAUGAAGAUGUACUUGUAGUUUUUUAUAGUAUAAUAUUGUAUAAACAUCACAGAAUUUGUAUUUAUAUUCUCAACUAUUUGUAUUCUCAACAUUGUAUUCAGAACUGACAUUUCACAUUGGUAUUUUUGUGUUUUUUUUUUUUUAUUAUUAUUUUGUAUUUUUUUUUUUUUUUCCCAUCAUCUUGAGGUUAUGUUAGGUGAAGCCUCUGGAAAAUCUGUUGUUACUGUUUUGUCUGAGUAGAAGACUGCCUUACACUGAAAUAAACAAGACGAGACCCAA